UUUGAAGGAUAUUUUUAUGGAAGGCAAUAGAAGGUCGUAUGCUGAUUUUUACUAGGUAUGAUUUAUCUUAUUUGAGGAAACUUUUCAAGGACUCUCGAAGUAUGUGUUGAUCCGUUUCCUAUAGAAAAUACGUCAUAUUCAAAAGUAAUAAUCCAAUAUUCAAUAUUGGGGCUGCUUUUAUUUUUUUCAAACUUAUCUCAUUUUGUACAGCAAAUCACGAGGAUUUUUUCUAUGAUAAUCUCCGUUCUGUCUAAAUGGACAUUAAGAAAAAUAUCACUUCAAAACAUACAGGCAAUUUAGCAAAAAUAGCUCUAAAAUCUUAGUUUUUUUCAGAUAGGCCUAUGUUUGCGAGUCUCAUCGCUUCUAAUCAGAACAACUUGAUAUUGAGCUACUUAUACCAUUUUGUAGAGCACAUUUUGCUGCAUCUACUGGUAGUAUUUGAUGAACUCUGAAGCACAAUUUCUGAAACGAAAAUUCAAGUUUUCUUAAAUACCUGAAAAUCCAUAAAAGUCGUUAUAACCCAUGUAGGGGGUGUCCACAAAGUCAUUCACUAAUCCCCCCUUGGCAACAUGCUUGGAAAAAAAAGAAAUAUACGAAAAUGUGCGCCGAAAAAAGGGCUUUCAGAAUAUAUGACUUUCAUUUAAUUCUGUGAGGUGGCAGAUUUUGACUCUUAUCCGGCGGGGUCCUUUGGACAUAAUAUAUCUGGUAGAUAAAUACUUCGACAUACAAAGUUUCAUUGAAAACUAAUGAAGCUAAGACGUAUAAUUGAAAGACUCUAUUUGUUACAGAAUAAUAGAAUCAGCUUCAGAAAGCUUUGAAAGCCUCCAGCUUUAGGAAGAAUAUGUCAUCUCAUAGAGGCGCAUCAAAGUAAUAAGUUUUCAUUAGUAAAAUUUUUUCCGAAGGCUUUAUAACAAUAGGGAACUCGGUAAGAACUACUUUUUUCGGCUGGCGGACAUCCAAUACACGAAAUAUUUUAACUCUAGAUCCUACAAACUGAUAAAAUUUGAGAUUUUGAAAAUAAAAACUUUUCCGACAAAAGUUUAGGAUAAAGGUCUUUCUUCAUCGAAAAUGUUAUUUUUUUUCUCUGUUGAAUACUGAAAAUUAAUAUUUCUAUGACAAAAAAAAAUGCCUUUGAUAGACAUGCUCAUGUGUUCUAUAGAAAUUAGCUACUGUGUCUGCGUCACGUUGAUAUGCGAUAAUACUAUUAAUUUAAAUUUGAAAAUUUUAGUGUUCAAGAUAAUUAUAUCAAUGACCCAACAACUAAUGAUAUCGAUAGAGAUUUACUUGAAACUACUAAUCGACUUUCAUCAUCUUCAAUAUCAUCAUCAUCAUUACCAAUAAUGGAUAAUACUAUAGCAAAUAAUUCAGUUGUUAUACCUUCGGAAAGAACUUCUCAUCUAUCUGAUCAUUUAACUAAUUCAUUACAACAACAACAACAACAACAACAGCAAACGACUACAUCUUCAUCAUCUCUUACUGAUACAACACAUUUACCACCAACAUCAACAUCUCAUAAUAAUAAUAAUUCAUUUAUAUCGAAUACUUUUCAACAAUCUUUAUCUAAUACAAGUAAUGGUCCCGGUGGUAGUUCAUCUGCUUUUACACCAUAUAAUACACCUGGCACAUAUCCAUCAAUAUCAAGAGAUUAUUCUCAAGUCGGAUCAAACUGGAAUCAACAAUCAUCAAAUUAUAAAACGACUCCAAAACCAACAAUACUUCAACCAGGAAAUUAUUCUCAACAAGCAUCAUAUCAAAUACAACCUCAGCAACAAUUCUUUGUUGGAGCUUAUCCUUAUCAUCCACCUACAAUUUAUCCAUUAAUAACACCAGUUGAUUCUUGGUCAACUGCUGGAUUCGAUCCAUAUUCAACAUAUUCAACAAAUUAUAUGCCAACGUAUACUACACAACAACCAUAUCAUCCUGCUACUGUUCAAUCUAAUAAAUAUGAUCGAUCUUUAUAUGAUAAAGAUUUUUUUGCACAUUAUGGUCAAACUCGUUUAUCAAAUAAUGAAUUAUUAAAUGCAUCUCAAACAACAAAAGAUACUCCUAUGACAAGUAAAUUGUCAGCGAAUGCAGCUUCAUUCCCUCAGGGAGCUUCAUUGACACCAACUAGUCCAGCAACAGCAUAUUAUUUAAAUUCAGUUUUAUAUACAGUACCAACUUAUUAUACUUCACAUCAUGAUCGAACUAUGGCUUAUCCUUCAAUUGAUAAUCGUGAUAAUCGAAAUGGUGCUUCAUAUGCUGGUAAUAAUAAUCGCAAUCAUUAUCAUCAUCAACAACGUACACAUAAUAAUUCGACUUGGCAUUCACAACAGUAA